GCUGUAUCUGUAGAUCUGUACUCCAGCACACGGAUCUAACCUACGGUUUCAAAAUGUACGGACAGAACCAAGGAAACCAGUACCCUCCUAGUUAUCCGAACAAUCCUCAGCAGAUGCCAGGGGGAUUCCCUCAAUAUCCUCCAGGCACUGUCCCAGGACCAAACUACCCCCCUCAGCCCUACGGUCCACACGGAGGCCAACCGGGACAUGGACCUAGACCUGGACCUGGACCUGGACCUGGACCUGGACCUGGUUAUGGUCAGGGCCAAGGACAGGGAUACAGACCUGAACCUGGUUAUGGUCCAGGCCAAGGACAGGGAUUUGGACCUGGACCUGGUUAUGGUCCAGGCCAAGGACACGGACCAGGCCAUGGAGAGUUCCAUGGACCGGGCCAUGGACACGGCCAUGGCGAGGGCCACUUACAUGGACAUGGCCACAAGGAAGGUCGACAUCACACCCUGAAACUGCCAGUCUAA